GGCAAAAAUACGCCAACAUGAGUCAGUCGUGUUUGCCCGUUCAAGCGAAAAUGUCGAAAGCCAAAAAGGUGUUGGAUGAAGCGCGCGAGACACAAAAUCGUGAACUCGAUUUGGUGGACAAAGGCAUUAGCUCCUUUGAGGAGUUGCCGGGAUUGUUUAAUAUGUCCAACAUAACCCGCCUAACGUUGAGUCACAAUCGCAUCACUACCAUCAAUCCGGGUAUUGCAAAUCUUUUGAAUUUGGAAAUUCUCAAUUUAUCCAAUAAUCAAUUGCGUGAACUACCCGUUUCACUAUCAUCUAUGCCAAAAUUGCGUAUCCUUAAUGUAUCGAUUAAUCGUUUGGAUAGUUUACCACGAGGUUUUGGUGCCUUCCCUGUACUCGAAGUACUCGAUCUGUCAUAUAAUAAUUUAAAUGAAAAAGUACUACCGGGAAAUUUCUUUAUGAUGGAAACAUUGCGUGCCCUCUAUUUGGGUGACAAUGAUUUUGAAUAUAUACCACAGGGAUUGGGAAAUUUGAAAAAUUUACAAAUUUUGGGUUUACGUGACAACGAUCUGCUGGAGUUGCCAAGGGAAAUUGGAGAACUGACACGUUUACGGGAACUACACAUCCAACACAAUCGUUUGCAGUUCCUGCCUCCAGAGGUGGCACAAUUGGAUUUAUUGGGCAGUAAAUCCGUCAUGAAAAUGGAAGAGAAUCCCUGGGUCCAACCAAUUGCCGAACAAUAUCUAUUGGGUAUUAGUCAUGUCAUUGAAUAUUUGAAAACGGAAACCUAUAAAAUCAUUUAUAACCGCCACAUCCAGGGUGGCCGUGGUGGUCCACCACCACCAAAAGCCGACAAAAGCAAAAAAGCUUCACGUGUCCGAGCCUAAGGGUGUGGGGAUUUUUCUA